GCCUCGUCCGUGAAUCCAGUGGCCUGUGACCAGCAGGUGCCCGGCCUACUCCUAGGGUGCUGCUGCCAUCCGGCCGCCCUGUCGGCAUCUUCCCAGACCUCAGCCUCAUCGCCGUGACAGCCAGCAAGAUGGGUCACCUGGACAGUGUGGUCUCUGCUUGGUGGGUGGGGCCCUCGUGCAGGCCCCAGCUGCCCUCUUGCUCUGCUGUCUCACUCACUCGCUCACUGUUUUGUAGAUACUGUGUCUGCAGCCCAGAGUUCCUGAGCCUGGGUGUUCAGCACUCUGACGGGGUGGCUAGGGCCUCAUCUUCCUCCUGCGCUGUCUGCUCUGCACAAGACGGGACCCUGGAGAGAUGGCAGAAGCAGUCUUCCGCGCCCCCAAGAGGAAAAGGAGAGUGUAUGAGAGCUAUGAGUCUCCACUGCCCAUGCCCCUCGGCCAGGGCGAAUUCAGAAUCUUCCGGGCUGAAAUGGUGGACGGCAGCGUGGUCGUGAGGAACCCUGAGGACAUGCAGCGGCUGUAUAGGCAGGGCUGCUUUGGAAAAGGCAUCCUGUCCAGAAGCCGUCCAGACUUCACGAUUUCAGACCCCAAGCUAGAUGCCCGGUGGAAAGAGCUGAAGACAGGGAUGCCCAUCAUUACUUCACAGACGUACCAGCGGCGGCUAAAGUGGGCCAGGGAGCUCCUGCGGAGACAGGGCCUGGACGAGGGUACCGUGCAUAGGACCCUCGAGGACUACACGGCCCCACUGGAGCCCCCGUGGGCCAGGAGCGGUGAUGCGGGUCGAGGGUAUGAGGAACCGAACCCUGAGUCAGCAUCCCAGAUCGGAAGCCCCUCGGGCACAGAGGAGCUGCCCAUGAACAAUGGGGACUCCCAAGAGCCGGGGGCCCUGGGGGAGCCUGCUGAGCGGGCAGACCUCCUGCAGGGGGGUCCUGAGCAACACCCACCGGCUCCCAACGGCUGGGACAAGCUCACCUGUGCCACCCCCGGGUCCCGGCCCCGGGUCCCCAGCCACGACGCCCAGCCCGGGAUCAGCGGGCUGCACACCAGCAUCCUGCGUCACGGAGAGCGGCGAGGGCCCGCAGAGGAGCUUGUGCUCGUGGAGGAGGACCUGCGUGACGGCAGCGAACAGGACUCGGAGCCCCAGAGGAGGCUGGUCUGCAGACGAAACCCAUACAGCAUCUCUGAGCACCUGCAGCUCAGCCUGGAAGAGGAGCCUUUGACCAUCAUGCAGCUCUGGAAGGCUUUCAGCACAGCUCAGCCCACGUUCAGGACCACGUACAUGGCAUACCACCACUUCCGGAGCAAGGGCUGGGUGCCCAAGGUGGGGCUGAAGUAUGGCACGGAUCUACUGUUAUAUCGCAAAGGCCCUCCAUUUUACCAUGCAAGCUACUCUGUAGUCAUCGAGAUGGUCAAUGAGCGCUUCCAGGGCUCCCUCCACAGACCCUUCAGCUGGAAGUCGCUGGCCGCCCUGAGCAGAGUCUCAGUCAACGUCUCCAAGGAGCUCCUGCUGUGCUAUUUGAUCAAGCCUGAGACCAUGGCCGACCAGGAAAUGGAGUCACCAGAAUGUAUGAAACACAUCAAAGUCCAGGAGGUGAUUCUCAGCCGCUGGGUGUCUUCCCGAGAGAGGAGUGACCAGGACGAGCUGUAGCUGGCCGGCCUCGGACUCCUGGUUUCCCCAGCAAGGACCUCCGGGCCUGCCACAAUCCCAGUGCUGCCUGGGCUUGUAAAAAGUCCUUGUGUUAGAACCGCCCUUCAGUGUAAAUGUGUCAAAGGGCAGAGUGCUCCUGGCACCAAACACUUCUAGAGACUCGGAAAAUGGAAUGUCGCAGGAGACUUGAGCUGGGGUGCUGUCCUUGCUCGGUCUUGCCGUCCUCCAGCCCCGCCUGUGUCCCCACCACUGGGAUGAGGUGAGGGACAGGCAGACUCUUCCAGCCACCCGACUUCUCUGCAUCUCUGACUGGACCUGUAUCUGGGACUGUCCCUGGGCUCCCAGGCCCUCCUCACAGUGUCCGCUCUGAGAGCGUGGCGAGCAGACUUCGAGACCACAGGCCUGUGUGCCAGUCUUUCCAGUGAGUAAAAUAAAGCCUGUUUGUCCGA